AUGAAUUAAUUAUCCUUAAAAAUAGUAAAAUAAUUAGAGAGCGUUUCAUUAGUCAACUCUCCUGUAAAUAGUACUUCUAGGUUUUCUGAUGUAAUAAAUCAUGGAUUUCCUAAAGAAAAAAGAAGAAAGUCAAGGAGUUAAUUAAAACCAUUUCUUUUACAUUAAAAAACGAUCAAGGAAACUUUAAGGAGAAAAAGUUGCCAUUGUAAUGAAUGUGGAUAAUUGGGAACUUUUCAAUAUAAAUGUAUGAACAUUAAAGGACCUAAACCUUAUAGAAGAUCAAUAUUAACAAGAAGAGCUUCAAAUCAACAAGUGUAUUUUUUUAGUUAAAUUUGAAAGACAAUCCGCUCAACCUUAAUUAGUAUAAAGGAUUAGAUAAUAACUUAAAAAAAUUAAAACCUAUGAUGAAAGUAAAUUGAGUGCUCUUACAGAAUCUAAUAAUACUCAUUUAACUUUUAGAGGGAUUGAAGAUUCUAUGACAAAAUUACAUUCGUAUUUCCAUAAACAAUAGUCAUAAUAAAUAAAAGUUUAUUAACUAAGUUAAUUCACUCCCAAUUGUUCACCCAAACAUUUAAAAUCUUAAAAAAGUUUACCUUUAAUACAAUCGUAUAUGAAUUAUAGAAAACUUGAUUCAUAAUUAUUAAAACCAUUAAAACUAAAUUAAAAACCUUAACAAAAAUAAUAAUUACUCACACUCCAUAGAACAAAAUAGCAUUAAAACUUAUAAACAGUGGGUCCAAUCUGA